AGCCGCAGCUUGAUGACACGACACAGCAAGCCGGUCCCACCCAUCCUCAUGGUGGACCUGAUCAGCGGGGAUGAUGAAAUGGAGACGCAGGAGGAGAUGUCUCUGGAGCACCUCCCGGAGAGCGUCCUGCACGAUAUCAUCAGCAUUUCUGGCUGGCUGGUGGAAAACGGCAGGAAUCAAGAUUUUAUGCCUGUUUACUUCCAAAUCCGCUCUGUCCAGCUUGACCGCUCCAUCAAGGGGCUGAAAGACCAUUUCCGUAAGAACAGCUCCUCCACUGGAGUGCCAUAUUCCCCUGCCAUUCAGAACAAAAGGAAGGACACCCCCACCAAAAAGCCACUCAAGAGACCAGUCCUCAUCCCAGGUAAUGUGCGUCUAUGUGUGCGUGUGCUGGCCCUGGUGCUCGCUCUCUUCACUUCUGUGUGUGGAGAGGCUUUGCUGGGUCUCUUCUUGCUAAAGCAGAGGGUGUGCCUGGGAUAUUUGGAGAAGGGGGGCUGGCUGGGGAAGGCUGUGACAUCCAGAGAUAACCCCUCUGGUCUUUUAAAAUCAAUCUGUGCCAUUGCUGCUGUUUCCUGGAGCUGUUCCUGA